GGAACAGCAGCCCCCCCCACAACAGACCGCAAGAAACGAGGGUGAAACGGGGCGGAUGACAUGGCGGGGCGACAGGGGGCAGAUGACACGGCCAUGCAGGCGGUGGUAAUAAACAGUCCUACUGAGCAGCCGGGCUUAGAGUUGGGGGGGAGAGGGACGGGAGAGCAAGCGGAAGGGGACGAAAUGGUGAUAGAGUCUGGACAGAAGGGGUUAGAAAAGAUGGUGGAGAUCGACCCCUUCCAGGCAGCCUUUGACCUGAAACUAAUGGACAUCGACCCUCUCCCCGAAAACACCUGCGCUGUGCCAGAGGGUCUGCCCUGUGAGGGGGAAGAGGAGAAAGGGACCCCACCGCGGCACCUGCCUGCGGAACAGAAGUUGGUGAGCAUUGCGGAUUGGUUGAUGACCAAUCUAAAAGCAAAAAAAAGCCCCCUCACAGACGACUUCUGGGACAAAACGUACCUAGAUCUAUUCCCCAUGCUGGAUAUGAGUGCCUCACUCAAGAAUGUCCUGGAAAAUGGACUGCAACCCGGCGUCAGGUGGACAGAAGCGUGGCACAGAUUAGCUUCUAUAGUGUUUGCAAGAUUCCAGCCACCGCACUCAGCUGCAGCAGAGGAGGUAGGACACAGCAGGACGCAGACUGCAACGGCAAACGAGCAGACGGGGGAGAUACAAACCCCGCCUGUCCUUCAGCCGCAAGCUCCCCCACCGGACCCGGCUCCCCCAGACCCGGAUGAGAACACACCACUGGACCUGGUGCGAAAAAGAAAACUAAGACAUUUGAUUGAGAUGGGCCAGGACAUGGGGCCUCUGUCGCAAGCGGCGGUGCUGCUGCUUUCGGUCCGAAAGAAAAACGGGAAAUGGGAGGUCGGCCUGACACCUGUUGAAAACGGCAAAAUAAGAGGUGUCACGUUGCAAGGCUGGUCCUCCUUUUGGGCUGGGCCGCAGCACUGCCAAUCUGAGGCAGCAGCAGGGAUCCUACAAAUGCAGCUGGAUACGCAUAUCGCAGACUUUAUGCCACCCGGGGCACAAGCUACAGCCUCCGUGACACCUGACCCUAACAGAAUCUCGCAAAGAGAUGUUUACAUCCGUUGCGACCCAGCCAAGGAGGCGGGCUUGAGAUGGCACACUCAUCCCCAACUGCUGGACAUGCAGACAGUUAGGAUCAUACCCAGCGAGACCUGGACAGAACAGGACAUCCAGAGGUGCUUAUGCGCCCUUCUCAGACUGGGCCUCCGAGCGGGAGCUGCGGACUGGGACCUGGAACAGCUGUCAUGGAACAGACUGUAAAUAACCACUGCCACGAAAAUGGACCCAGUCAAGGCAGUAUAUGCAAAAGACCGUGUCUCGAGCCAAUGCCGA